UACAACUGACUCUGGAUCAGCUUCCACACCCAGCUCUUCUCCAGCCGCCAACCCUUCUGCUGACAAACGUAACCCCCAAAAACUGACCUGGGAUCAGGAUACGGCAACAAAGCUCCAGCAGUUUAAACUCUGCCCCCUUUUCCCUAAAACCCAGCCAACCUGUAGAGUGUCACGGAGUGCUGAAGGCAGGGUGUUGGCGCAGCGCGUGGAGAGAAGUCGCAGUUUCAGUGUCACGUAUCCGUCUGCUCGUGAGAAAUUUCCUCGUGAUUUGCUUGUCGCUGCUAAACACAAAGAUGUUGAAGAUCUGUGUUUUGGUGUUAAUGACAAUUGUGUCCCUGGUGUUCGCAGAAGAACAGAACGCGGAAGAUGACCCCUUCACCUUUGACUAUCACAGACUGCGUGUCGGAGGCCUCAUCCUAGCUGCCGUUCUCUGUCUCAUUGGCAUCACCAUCCUUCUCAGCGGCCACUGCAGGUGCAAGUUCAACCAGAAUAAGAGGCGGAGGACAGGAAGCAAUGCUCAGCAGAUGCUUACCGAUCAAGGUCGUGCCUGCGACUGCUAGAUGUCAGCCAGAACACACCGACUUCCCAAAUCUGCAAGCAACAGACACCGCAGAGGAUGAGCACUGGGACUCGUGACAACCCACAACACCCUACUGUUGUUUAUUUAGAGAGAUAAACAAAGAGUAGUCUGUGUGCACCUGAUCUGAGGUGUGGCGCUUUCUACCUGAGCUACUGAUCUUCAAUCCGCCCCUCAACCCAUACACCCACGUUCAAAAACAUUUAUAUAUAUAUAUAUAUAUAUAUAUAUAUAUACGGUUUUGCCACUUUCAUUUCAAUCAGUUUACCUUUUGUGAUACUGCACACUGUGUAAAAAUAAAAAAUAAAAAUGAAUAAAUCGAUAUUAACCAGCUGUGAUACCCAGCUGCUCACGACAGAAAUUGGUCAUUGACACAUAGGUCUUUUUUUAUGUUAGUAGUUUUGAAUGUAUCUAAGUAAAAUAGUAGCACAAACCUAUUCCCAAAUAAAUGUCUCACAUUACUCCUCAUACCUGUACUGUAUGUCUGAGUCAAACAUUGAUGUAGAUGUUAGUCACUUACUGUGGCCGGCCUAACCCUGUGUCUGUGCUUUUGUGUGAAUUAUAUGAAAUCCAUGUAUUCAUGAGUAAUUAGGGUGCUGCUGGGAAUUCAUCAAAAUCUGUUCGUUUCCAUGUUUUGCCUUUUGAAAGAGUGUAGUGGAUUGCACUGUUCAGAGAGUCAUGUUUCUAUAAAAGAAAUGCUGAAACACUUA